AUGACGGAUCCUUCUUUUCUCAAUAGCCCGAGAAGGAUACUGAGUUUAUCAAAGGAGAGAGCCACUGUUUCCUUUACAGAUCCGGAUGACAAAGUAUCUGGAUUUCCUGUAUCUGAAGAACAUGGCACGAAGCCUUCAGAGGUAUAUGGCUUUGUGGGGUCUAUUUCGACCAUCAUGACUACAGUUAUAUACUUAGUAUGGGCCUACACUCCGGAACCUUGGCUGCGUUCUGUAGGGAUUACUUACUAUCCUAGCAGGUACUGGGCAUUGGCAUUGCCAUCUUAUGCCAUGGUCACUAUAGUAUUAGCAAUCACAUUUUACAUUGGUCUGAACUUCAUGGCUACAGCUCCUCCCACCUCGUUCACCACUAUUUAUGAUGAAUUCAGCAGAGAACAUUCUCUUUCUCAGGUUUCAAAGGAAGGAGAUGAGCAACCUAUUGAACCUAUAUCAGAUAUUGGGAUCCAUCAAGUUAACAGUCUCAUGUUUAAUUCUGCAAAUUGACGAGGAGGAACUCUUUGACUUUAGUUGGAUUGAGAUGCCGAAUUACACGAGACAAAUGUUAAUCCUACACUGUUCUUGAAUUGUGUAGACAAAACUGUAAUUAUCUUCUCCUACACUGUAAUUAUCUUCUUCUAGUUCUUCUGAUAAACACAAAACCUUUGAAUUAUAGACAGCAGGCAUGGAUGUACAUUUGAAUACUGAGAUGACAAUAUUUUUAUUUUAUGGAUCAUGGAUUUCAUCUUAGCAUUUCUAUUACAGUUUCUUUAAAUUGCACAUAAGACCAAAUAAUAAUUCAGCAGAAGCGACGUAGAACUAUACAAGUUCAAAUAAUAAUCCCAAGCGAAGAAGAUGAAGGAGAGGUAGGAAUUUCCCAGCUAGUUUCGGAAGAUCCUAAGGUUAGCAUUGCAAAGCCGUUUUCAUUGAAGCCAAUUGUUGGAAUUGGUAUGAAAUUGGGUAUGAAACCCAAUGGUACAGGUAUGGGUACUCUCUCAAGUUUAAAAAAGAAAAACCUCGUAAAUCUAAAGUUGAAAACAAAGUUUCGGCAAAUAAACUAGUGGAGUUUGGUUCUUCAUAUGGGGCUUGGAAUUUCCACCUCUAAAAGAUAAUCGUGAAGAAAUGUUUAGUGAUCUUGCAAAAAAAUCACGCUGAUCUAGAUAUAGAAGAUGUUGACGAGCAUGUUAAUUGACAAUAGGCGGCGGUCUUUUUUGUUUCGUCAUUAGGCAGUGGUCUUUGUUGUGGCUUGAAGCUUUAUUCUAGUUUUAUGUUUGUUUUGUUGCUUUUUUUGUGGGCUUUUCGUUUUAUGUCAGUUGU